AUGGUGAAGGCCACCGAACUUGUGAAAUGGUCCUUACUUUUUGAAGAUAGUGAUAGCGCGGUGCUUAUGAGAAUUGAGUUCCUUGUUGUGGCCAUUGCAUCUGUCUUCCUCCUGAUGUCAUUCUUGGACAUGUUCCGUCGUCGGUGCCGCUACUCCUCCAUCAAGUACCUCUUACUUAUCCUCGACGCCAUAAGUGAUUCCUCAUUCAUCUACACAAUUGGGCUGAUGCAGAGUGCACCCUUCAAGAAAGAUCUGUUUUCAAUAUGGGCGCUAAUAUUGGUCAACCUGCGGUUCAAUGCUUGCUUCAUCUCGGCAUACGGCAUCCCUGACCAAGACAACAGCCACAUUACCGAGGGCGCUAGGGUGAUGUCACUUCUAGGGGUGGCCUUCUUAAUUGGCACACAGAACAGUCAGUUCAAGCAUCCCAUCUGGGUGCUCUGGGCAAUGCAGCAAAUGAGAAGUAUGUACCUAAUAGUUGCGUACAGUUGGGCCUCAGGCUCCUUCUUGCACGGUUGGAGCUCACCACUUGUGACAGCAUAUAUGGGUACCGAGGCUGGUAUUUGUAGGGAGGGGGAUCCGACCACAAUGUUAAAAUACAAGUACCUGGUCUGUGGAGAUCAGAAGCAGAAGGUCCAGCUGCAGGCGCCUGGGUAUGAAUUUUAUCUGAAAGUGAAGUCAGAGGGAGUAUUCAUCACUCUUGACAAGACUUGGCAGCUGCCCAGCAACCAGCAUGCAGACGACGAUGCAGGGGAUGUCCAACCAUCAUGGACCAAAGACCUAUGCCUGUCCUUUGCACUAUACCGGCUACUCCGUUGCAGAUUUGACGACUUACCCCUGCCAGCCGAUAGUAUUAAAAGCACCAGAAAAUUAAUGUAUGAAAUUAUUGGCAAGAAGGAUGAAGAUUUGUCUGCACAAAUACAUCACCACGCUGAGGGAACAUUCAGCGGAGAUUUACCUGCACAAAUAGGCCACCACAGUGAGAGAUCAUUCAGCAGAGGUUUACCUGCACAUAUAGACCACCACGCUGAGAGAGCAUUCGGAAUUGCUGAGUUGGAGCUAGCAUUCCUCAAUGACUACUUCUACACUAGAUACCCCAUCCUUUUUUGGCGUGGCUUCCCGCUGAUUUUUGCUUGGUACCCUCCCUUGACCAUUGCUCUCAUUGCUUGGCUUGGAAGGGACAUUUAUAAACUCUACAAGCCUAAACAGGGGGAAAUUGCCCACGUCGUACACAGGGUCAACGUUGACCUGAUCAUCACAUGGAUAUUCAUGGGGAUUAUCGUGCUGAAGGAGUCUUGGAAGGUGGUCACCUACUUGUUGUCCGACUGGACCAAGGUGAUGUUGCUGUGCGAAUACACUUCGAGGACCCUGAAGUGGGUUCCAGAGUGGCUGUGGGAGUUCUUGGUUCAGAUCUUGUGCGCACCUGGAUGUAGAAUUGGGCGCCGUUGGCACAAUAAGAUCGGUCAGUAUGAAUUCUUGCAGUCAUUUGGUCACAAUCCUAGGAACAUUCUUUACUGGUUAAGCCUUGGCUUGGUCCCAAAAGAAAUUAGAGGUGCAAAAGUAGGCAGCCCAACGGAGCUGCCAGAGGAUGUGAAAGCCGCCGUUCUCAAGUCACUUUGCUCAUUAGAUCUUAAGCAGAACUCACUAAAGUCAGACCUGCCGACUGAUGUUAAGCAGUUCAACUUCGAGUGGACUUUCAAACUGGGUACAUGGUGCCAUAGCAUUCUUGUGUGGCAUAUAGCAACAAGCCUCUGUGAGAUUGAGCUUGCCCAGCACUACAACUCAAGCUUAACCACUUCUGAGUUACUGUCUGCAAUCAAGACUGCUCUCAAUUGCUUUUCCUCCCAGCCAUAUGUUAUAAAGGAAGACAGAAUUGAAGGGUGGCUGCGGGCUAAUUAUAUAGCCGCCAACAGUAUAUCACGCUACUGUGCCUAUCUGCUUCUUAUAGAACCAGAUUUGCUACCUGACAGUUUCCUAACUGCCGAUGACUUAUUCAGAAACACCGUCGAUGAGGCUUUAGAUAUCCUGAAAGGCUGUGACACCCUGCAAAGCAUAUACAGAAGGCUGAUUCGAGGAGUGCCUCAACAAGACGACCAAAAAAUGGACAGAUUAAGGACCCAUCCCAAUACGAUACUUGCGAGUGCUGCACGCCUUGCUUGGUCUCUGAUUCAUGAGAUCCCAGAUGAAGUAGUUCGCUGGAAGGUCUUUGCAGAAGUCUGGGUCGAUAUACUGGUACACACAGCCCCCUCAUGGAAUGCCUCGGCUCACAAGAAAUGCCUUGCAACAGGUAGUGAGUUCAUAACGCAUAUAUGGGUCAUUCUUUCUCAUUGCAACGUCCACAGCAGCAAGCGCUGGCCAUACCAAGAACCCCCACACGAUGACGACGACCAAGGAGUGGAACGGCAAGGAGUGGGAGCACCAGCACCACAUGAACCAAAUGUGGGUGCUGCUGGUGAACGAAGCGUCAGCAAGGAUCCAUCAAAUGGAGCACUGCAAGAACAAGACCAAAAAUGGGGUCCAAUUCCGGGGCAGCAAUUGACCACAAAUGGUCAACAGCUUGCUCAGAACGAAACAGAUGAAAGCAACAAAAUACAAGAGCUCGGAGCCGAUUGGAAAGGAUGA